AUGGUUUUCAUUCGUGUCAGCACACCGCUGCUCUUCGGUGCUAUUGCUGCCUUUUUUGAUAUAACCUCUGCUGCAGCGGUUCAUAAACCCCGUACAGCAUCUUCAUGCAAAAUUUCACCAACAGAUGCAGCGUGGCCUUCAGAAUCUGAUUGGGCGGCCCUGAAUACCACUGUUUCGGGUCGCUUGAUCAAGGUUGUGCCAUUGGCGUCCGUAUGUUACGAGUCAGAACUCGACUAUGAUGCGGAGAAAUGCACAUAUGUUACUGAUAAUUGGAUGUCCGCUUCUCUGCAUGUUUCUGACCCGGCUUCAAUUAUGGCACCACUCUUUUCAAAUAACACUUGUCUGCCAACAUCAGACCCUACUGCUAGCUGUACUCAGGGUUUCUACCCAUCAUACUCUAUUAAUGUAACCGAUUACACCCAUGUUCAAGCUGGUAUCAACUUUGCCCGCAAAAAUAACAUCAGACUCGUAGUCAAGAACACCGGUCACGAUUUCUUGGGCAAGAGUACCGCACGCGGAGCUCUUUCUCUCUGGACCCACAACCUCAAAGAUGUAACAUUCUACGAUUCAUACUCCGAGCCCCUUCUCGGGUAUAAGGGAACCGCAGCCAAGGUCGGUGCCGGUAUCGAAGUCCAGGAAGCCUAUGCCAAGGCCAACGCCGAGGGCGUUAUGUUUGUCGGUGGUGAGCAGAAGACUGUUGGUUUCAUUGGCGGAUACAUCCAAGGUGGUGGUCACUCCCCUCUCUCCUCCAAGUACGGUAUGGCCGCAGACCAGGUCCUUGCUAUGGAAGUCGUCACUGCAGACGGUGUUUACCGGAAGGUUGGACCUCUUACAAACCCUGAUCUAUUCUGGGCUCUCCGCGGUGGCGGUGGUGGAACCUUCGCCGUUGUCAUUAGCAUGACCGUCAGGACAUGGAAGGACAUUCCGGUGACCACUCUGCCAUUGACUUUCAACUCUUCCAACUACGAAAACUUCUGGAAGGCUAUGACUGCGUUCCAUGAAGUUCUUCCAAACAUGGCUGAUAAGGGAAUCUACACCUACUACAUGACCUCAAACACUUCCCUCAGCUGUAUCCCCAUCUUCGCCCCUGAUAUGACUGUUAGCCAGGUCAAUGGCCUUCUCUCAAGCUUUUACAAAACUCUUGACACCCUCGGAGUGACUUACAACGCGACCGCCACCCAGUACAAGGGCUUCUACGAUGCUUGGUACUACUCAUUCGGACCUGAGCCUGCUGGUCUUCAGUCCGGGACUAUCUCUCGUCUGGUUCCCCGAAAAGUCCUCGAGAAGAACACCGAGGGCGUUAUGUCAUACCUCCAAGACCUGACCAACACUGGACUCACUGCUGUCGGAUUCAGUAUUCAGCCCGAGUACAAGGCAGGUGCUUUGAUGUCUCUUAACGCUGUCAACCCUGCAUGGAGGCAGAACGGACUCCACGUCAUCUCUGGAUACAUUGUUCCGGCAGGCUCCACACCGGCAGAGGUUGAGGCUCUCCGUGAUUACUGGGUUACCGAGCAUCUUUCAAAGAUCCAGGAGAUUACCCCCGGCGCCGGUGCCUACCUCUCUGAGGCGGCUUAUAAUGAGCCCAACUUCCAGCAGUCGUUCUAUGGAUCCCACUACCCUGGGCUUUAUGUUGUCAAGAAGCUCCGUGAUCCCAACUCGGUACUCUAUGCGCACACUGGUGUUGGUAGUGAGGACUGGGUGGAGACCGACGGAAUUCUGUGUGAGGCUUAG